AUGGCCCCUUUGAUGAACACUGUCGACUCUUUGCCCAACCCGUCCGAGCGAUCGUUCCCCGUACCCCCACCAAUUGAUGUCAUAAACGCGUACGUCGAUUAUGCCACCGUCCGAGAGCUCGUGGAUGAGGUAGCUAGAGCGACCCCACGACCUGUGCUUAUUCCGAUCCUCGUUCAAAACAUCCGGUCAGACGACCACGCCAACAAAGACCACAUUGUGCAGACCGCUUUCAACCUCGUGCACGCCGUACAGCUCCUUCUCUUCGCUACCACGCAAUUCCAGCCGGAUCGCACCUACCACAGGGAGCAUCCGAAUCGGCGGUACACCUUCAACACUGGCGACAAGACGGUCACCGGGCUGUUCUCCCUCGAAGAUCUGAAUAGAUCUGUUUUGAUGAUGUACAGUUUGUACAAUCGUCGAUGUCACAAGGCCGAUGCGAUGCAGGAGCGCAAGCCUCCGCAGUGCAAGAGCAGUUGGAUUGGAUAUGCCGACCCUAGAUACAACCCGGCCCUGGAUACCCCCGAAGGUACUGACCUUCUGGCGGACAUGUACAUGUCCGCCCAGCUCGAGAUGGAUGAGGUAAUCCUGACGUCGGCUUCUUCAUCAUCAAACACCCAAGACAUAUCAAGAGAUGGCGCAGACGCCUUUGACGUCUAUGCCGAGAUUCUUGAGUGGUCGUGGUCAUCCAGCGGCCCCGAUCAAGUGAACCAGCGGCUGCGAGAGAACAGCGGCAUUGAGAACAUGUCGCCAACUUCUCUUGAGAACCUUGAGAAAACCCGUCGAAACCUUCUUCGGUUGCAUGAUAUAGAUCUCGACCGGGAUGUCCACAAGUCGCAAGGCGAAUUCACUCAACUCGACGAUGGACUGGAGGGGCAGUGGGACCAAUACACCGCCACGAUCGGUGAUUUGGAUCACAUCAACGAGUUCUCCAACAAGUACCCUGGUGGCAAGGAGGCAUUGGUGGCAGAGCUGAGGCACCAGAUGGCCGUUGAGCUCACCAUGGCGUCACUACAGCCCCGGCAGAUGGGCUACCUUGCGGAACUUUGCCAAAGGUACGGCCUUGGAGAUUGGAAAAGGCCAUCUCUCUACCCAAGUGACCCUAAAGUAGACCCCUACAAGCCCCAUCAGAUGCGUCAAGCCUCCACCUACGUGCCGCCAGAGGACCGCACGUUCACACGCUCCUCUCCAACGAGAUGGGAACAGGCAAGACUAGAACAUACUUACUCGCUGUGGCCCUAUCAGUACGCCUUCCUGGAAGCCCGAACCCAGUUCCCAGACUUUCAGCUGGUCGUCUUCUUUGGGGACGAGCCCAAGGACUACCCUGGGUGCACCUUUCUCCGGUCAGCAGAAGCCCUGGUCGACUUCGUCAAGGGAUUGGACAAGAAUGAUGCAAAGUCGGGCAGGACACUGGUAAUCACAUCCUGGCACACUUUGUCCAAGCGUCUUGCCAAGAAGAGUUCCACAUUCUUUCAGUACAACAAGAAAGACGACGUGCCAAAGAGCCUUAAGCGGCGUUUGGCCGCCGGGUCGACGAGUCAGCGCCAGCGUAGACCCAGAGUCAAGGUUUACUUCGAAGACCAGGUCGACAAUGACAAGAUUGACUCUUGCGAAGCCGCUGAGGCUCACGGACAGCUCAUCAAGCACGCCCUUAUCUUCGUCCCUCAAAGACCUCCACUCCCCUCUCCAUCUCAUGUGGAAUGCUCUUGGUGGCCUCAACACCCUUGGCAAGUCUCUGUGCUCGAGAGGAUGAUUGGCUCUGGCAAUUAUCGCAUGUGGCUCCUGAGCCCCAGCCUGUUCCUUUUGGCCGGGCGCCAGCUGAAAUGGGGCUCAGACUUUGCCUCGAAGGUCGUUAGACCAAUCUUCGAGGUCCUGCAGCUCCGUCACACAAUGCGAACUGGUGUCAUGCUCCCUGAUGGAGCAAUGGCUUAUCCUAGAAGCGAAAACUUACCCAUGACCAUCUACUUUGGCGAGCUAGAGCUGCGGAAGGCAAAGACUCGGCGCACUGCCUUAGAGAAGGGAAACUCAUACGACAGUCAAAUGUUUACAAACAGAGAUGCCGAGGAAGAUAACACGGUCUCAUCGCCACAAGACGCUAUCUCGUCCAAGCCUUUGAUCCAAGGGACUAGGGAUGAUGUGCUUGAGGCAGUUCGUCAUCGCCGGGAGGGACUCGAAACCCGGUCCGGGGGUCCUGUGGUGGGACUACAGCACGUAGAGAAGAUAAUCUCCAACGGCAUCACACACGGUGCGGGAUUUCACUACUACCUUUGUCGAGAAGAUGUCCACGUUCUCGCCCCCACCGACCGUAUUGUCAUGUUGCGAUGGAUGGCUGGCCGGUCCCCUAUUGGGACAAUGGCCUUGUACCUUGCUUUGGAGUACGUUCGUGGAGAAGGCAAGAGAAUCAUGUUCUACGUUGAUACAGCGUGGAUUCAACAGGACAAGGCCUCCCAUCGGAACCGGGUCAUACGAGACUGGAGCGACCCUUCGACCGACUGCGAAAUCUUUAUUGCGAACAUCAACAUCACUGCCACGGGUGUCAAUAUGCACGGCGCAUGUUCCACUGGAGCCUUCCUCUGCUGGCAUCUGAACUUCCAGGUGAUGCAACAGGCCAUGGCGCGACUCAACCGGAUCGGCCAGAGAGAGCCUGUUGAUUGGUGGCUACUCAAGCUCAAGAGAUCGUAUCAUGAUCACAUUGAGCGUUACGACUGGGCCAAGUGGGCGAUCCAGCUGUCGGCCGAAGUUGGAAUUCCAUCGUGGAAAGAGGGCGCAGUCCGAGAGGUUUGCAUCUACGAAAUCAUCAAGGCCUACAUCCAUACGCCCUUCAAUCGGUACUCUUGGAUGAUCUUGAGGGAUAUGUUCGGCAGUGGGGGGUUCGACCACCAAGCACCAGAGACCGUUCGCCUUGGCCACCUAUUGUCCAUCUUCACCAGACUUUUGCCCAGCAGCCGCGAAGAGGACACGACCGAGCAAGGCUUAUGGAUCAGCAACUCUGACCUAGUAGGCCUUGCCUGCUAUCACUUGGUGCAUACACACCAAGACCUCAAUGACGAGUGGGAGACCUUGGUUCAGUCCAGCACUGAUACCAUGCGUGAACGUGUUCGACCUUUGAUCGAAGAGGCAUUCAACGACGUCAAAUGCCUUGUCGAAAAGAAGGACGAGCAGCGCUCCGGUCGAAUGAGUUCGUUGACGACGAUGAUGACGAAGAAGAAGGAGAAUAUGCCGAUGGGCCGAACGAAGACCUCUCCGAGUCAGAGGACGAGGGUGGCAAAGGCGAUGGCGAAGACGACGAUAACGACAACGACGAUCACGAUCACGAUCACGAUAAUAACACUCGCCUCUCCGUUUCCAAAUCAGCUGGACGGAAGCGAAAGACGUUCACACCCGGAAGUCCGGCGAAGAACAAGACGGCGAAACGAAUGA